AUUGCCUUUUGAAGUCAGCACGCACCUUGAACAUCAGACCGCCGCCGCGCAUUGGCGGAGCUGAGGAUGCCGCGUGCGGACGCAGAGCUGCUGCUGCUGCUUUGCAGCGCUUUGAUUCCCAGAGCUGCUGCUUCUGGACCCAUUUCAGGUUCGGACCCUGAACGCGGCAGGAUGGAGCUGCAGCGGGUACAGAACCUCGCUGCGCAGCCGCGCUACGGAGGGUGCUGGGCACGCGCUUUGGAGCACCUGGACAUGCGCUGCAAGGACAUGACGUCAGAGAGCCAAAGCCGUGUGGCUCUGCUGUUCACCCACUGUCACCUGAGCAGCUCAGGCAGGGAUUUCCCAUCAUGCCCUGAGGGCUCGGAGGUCAGCAGGUGCACGGCUGGGAUGGACGCUGUGGCGUUUAACACCUACACCGAGUUCUUCACUCACACGCACUCUAUCUGCCACUUCCUGCAGUCUGAGGCCUGGCAGAGCCGAGCGGAGAACACCAUGUACAGGCUGACUGAGACCUCAGCAGGCGUCGCUGAGCAGCUUCAGUCCACCAAGCAGAUGGCUAAUGACCUGAUGGAAGCCCAGACUUUGGCCUUACAGGCACAGAAAGAAAUCCUGACCAACGGAGAGCAGCUCAAAGUCACCCUCCGAGACUCUACAGAGGGUCUGCAGUCGGUGUUCUCAGACCUCAGCAGUGUCUCCAGGGAGCAGCAGGUGGCGCUGUCAGAGCUCUUCAACAGAAUCUCCUUCAUGCAGAGUUUCCUUCUGAUGGAGGCUCACAGUCUGAGCUCCUGCUGCUACAACGCUGCUGCUCUCUGUACCUCCUACCUCAUCACCUCCACCCCGCGCUCCUCCAGAGCCAGGUUGGUGCUGCUGGGGUUGGUGUGCCUGAACUUCUACCUGGAGAAGAAGAUCUACCAGUUUGUGCUGAGCUCCAGUCAUCCGGAACACCUGCACAUGGAGCUGGUCCUUGCAUACGUAGGCGUGCUGCGGCGUCUGUCGGCGAGCGUCGGCGUGUUUGUCCUGCUGCUGGUGUGUGUUCGCUACAGAGACCCCGUGCAGCAGAGCCUGCAGGUGCUGCAGCAGCUCAGAGAGACGCACAGAAACCUGCAGGAGGUGCUGCAGCGCGCAGAGAGAUUAACAGAGGAGAAGAAGAAGCUGGAGGACCAUCAGCUCCACCUGGAGAAGAGCUCAGAGAGCAGAAGAGUGGUGAGCCUGAGUUGUAGAGAAGAAAAAGAAGAGAAGGAGUCCAACAUGAUGUCAUCACCAGCUACAGACUUCUCCCCCCUGUCUCACCUGGCACCUUCACGUCAGCUGACUGGAGGAACACUGAGUUUCUGCAGGAAAAUGUUUUGUAAGUAA